GCGUGCGUGUGUAUUGUGAUUUGCAUUCGCAAGUCGGUUUUAUAACAAAAUUAUAUCGAAAAAUGGAAUUAUUUAAACUUCUACCUUUGUUCGUGCUGGCAGCGUCUACCCUCGCUUUCGACUACGGGUACAACAGCCACGAGGGUUACCAAAUACAGGGAGAGUCUAUAGAAGACCACCAUGGAGAAUACGAUGUUGACUAUCACGCACACCCGAAAUACUCAUUCGACUACUCCGUAAAGGAUCCCCACACCGGCGACGAUAAAGAACAUUGGGAAACAAGAGACGGUGACAAAGUUAAAGGACAGUACACAGUUCUCGAAACCGAUGGAACGAAACGUGUGGUGGAAUACGAAGCCGAUGAUAAAAAUGGUUUUAACGCUGUAGUACAUAAAAUAGGUACCCCGAAACAUGACUAUAAGGCAUCGUCAGAAGAAAAGGGUUACAUCAAACAGGUUUACAACUAUCAGGAGGCUUCAGAGGAAUUCAAACCGGUGUACGAAGGGUACCACAACGAGCACCAACAAUUAGAAGAAGGUUUUGUACCGAUAGCUGGCAGUUACGAACAUUAAAACACAAAAAAGCUCCAACAACAAUUCACUCUAUAUGGCAACACUAGUAGUCAUGUCAUAUCUUUACAUUAAAUCCCUGUUUAGAUCCAACUAAUGUUAAGCAAAAAACAAUCUUAUUCCUUGUUAAUUAGUUUUUAAG